GACAAAUGUUAAAAUCCUUUGUCCUCAUUCUUCUUGAAUGAAUUGUAUAUUGAAGGAACGCGCGUUAUGCGGUUGUCGCAAUUUUAAUUUCGUUGGAGGUUUCCCUUUGUUAGAAGAUAUUUAAUUUUUGAACUAAUGUUGUUUUAUGAGCAGUCACUAUUAUUUUUUGUGUAAAUAUGUUCGAAAUACCUCUUAACCACUAGAAACUGUUGGUUUCGUCACUGCUAUAUUUUUAAAAAUCCGGGGUUGUGCAUCGAUUGAAUUAUUUAUAUCUCUCAUAGUUACUAAGUUUCACCAAAAGCACACAUUGUGAGUAAACAAGCAGCUUAGCUCCAUAAACUAUGGGUGGGAUUUUAUUACUUUUUAUAAGUGGCAAGUUUUCAUUAAUCACAAUUUCAAGUUGACUUCCUGAAUAAACUAUUACUUAAUGGUCCUUUACUUGAGAUUAAGGUAAAACUUUAAAGAAAAACAAGUGGAAUGAUGAAAAAUCCUAAAGGGAUUUGUUAGUGCUCGACUCUGUGUUCCUACAUAUGAGAUUUUAAGGUCGUCACAACUUGUCCGACAGCUAAUAUUUGCCUAUUUAACGUUGAUCAGUCCCUGAUUUGAAUGGAAUUCUUAUAAUCUAAAACGACUUAACCAGGUACCCGGGUCAUAAAUAUCUUUGUUGAGCCAUCGGUUUGUCCAACUAGCUCCAUUAUCGUAACCAUCUGGUUACAAUAAAGGUCUUACUGUCUAGGUGUCAGUAAAAGAUAUGUGAAUAAUAUUUCAGCCACCAAAUCACUAAUGAGUAUGCCACACGGAUUAUUGAGUCACAAAAUGGAUAGAGCGUUACAAAUGGUUCUAUUAUUAUAUUAAUACAUAAACAUUCGUACGAGGCACCAAAUAUAUAUGCGUCACACAAAUCAUUUCAUGUGUGUGAGGGCUAUAAUACUGCCUGGGUGCCCAAACCAAAGCACGUCCUGAACAGAGUAAAAGGAGAUUACGCUUAGCGGGCUUCCGUAUCUAGUUGCAGUGGGCCACCAAUACCUUCAGGUAAGCACCUAGGUAUAUUUUUCGGUAAAAGUAGAAAAAUCAGUAAACUAUGGCGAAAUACUGUCCUCAGUUCUCAAAAAUAUGUCUAGUCUUCUAAAAGACUUCGGGAAGUCGCUUGGGCCAGCUCAUCCGGCGGCGGAUUCCAGCAUUUGACUACACUUAAGGAGUAGAAAGUGUGCCUACAGUCCGUUCUUCUGUGUCGUCUUCAAUUUCUGGCUGUUAGUCAGUCAGCCACAACGUAGAACUUCGUACGUACGUACAUCAGUUCAAGUCGCCAUAUCACAUUAGCACAGAGAUGCAGUUGUCCAUUCAAAUCCCACGGUGGUAAACACAGGGUAUUACGGAAUGAUGGAAAAUCAGUUGAUGAGGUCAUGAAUCUUCAUCGACUGAGAUGAUUGGGCCACGUGUUACGUAUGCCUGAACACCGAUUAACACGACGCGCAAUGAUGACUAAUAUUGGGGAUAGUUGGAAAAGAGUUAGGGGUGACCAAACCAAAGCGUGGCAUCAGUGCUUGAAGUCACUAACUUCUAGUCUGAGCCGUGUUAGUAGAUGAAGACCACUUGGCUGGGGUCCGCGUGACUAUCGUAACCAAUGGUUGAAGACUCUGGGUGACAUGGCUCAGAAUCGAUCACGAUGGCAUGGGUGUAUACACUCUUUAUCUUCCCUUAAACCUUAAAAUUACAAUUGCUUCAUAACGUUCUUCCUUCCUCUGAUAUAUCCCUAUAUACAAUCUAUCUUUUAUAUAUUAUCACCACUAAAUUAACUAUUUCUAUGAAUCCGGUGUUCAUCUUGUUGUGCUAACUUGGACCGAUGCCUAAAUGUGCCUGGUCCUACGUUGUAGCUGACUGACUGACCCGCUGCGAGAUGGGGGCAAGACGUCCCUGGCGGUCUCUAUAUUCGGAUGGAUACAUGAAAGUAUCUUGAUAGGAAAAAAAACUCCCUAAGCUGUACCAGGUCUUCCGGGGGCAUAUACAUUUUUAUCCCAUUUGCCCCUGGGUAUCCUGCAUGAAACUGCUUCAAAUUAAUUCCCAAGUUGUUUUUAACUUACCGUUCUAGCUAUUCGGAUCUGUUAUCAGUCAAAUAUCGUAGAGGUUCAAUAUUAUUCAAUCCUCAUGAAUUGUAAGUCAAAAAAAUACAUAUGCCUAUUGUAUUUUGCGCUAUUAGUUAAUUAAUGUUUAGCUAUCCCUCAUGUAUUUUUUUGAUUCUCAAACUUACCCCCUUCCAGAGCUGUUAUCUAAAUUAAAUCAAAUGAAUACCAGAUACAUUUACUGGUUUUUCAAUAGAGAAAUUGUUUAGCAUGUAGUAUUAAAUGUAUCUCUAGUACAUAAUAAAUGUGCAUCAAGACAUAUUUUCCAUCGCAAAUGUUUUUAUUGGCAGUCCUACCGCUUAUAUUUGGAAACAGGAACCACUGUAAAUCCUACAACGUGAGGCGAAAAAUACUAGUGAUAAGGAUCUAUUUGACCCUCGAAAUAGAUUAAGCUGAUAUAGUAAUACACUACGUGUUAACAUGAUUUGCUUAGUCAAUUUAACAGUCAGGUUUGUGUUAAUUAAACAGUGGUAUUCAACACCAGUUAAUCGAUAACGCCCUGUGAACAUAUUUACUAUAUCAUACAAUUAAGCAUCUAUAACCAGCAGGUAUAACUAAUUGACGAAGUCAAAUUAUGACUCCUGAAGAUCUAACUACAUGUAACAUGUAACCAUAUCACUUUAGUUUGUCAAACAAAUGUGGUUGCCAGUACAUCUUACAUAUGAUUCGUUAUCUAACGGAGACUAAAUUUUUAGAUGUAAAAGUAGCUCAAGAUCUAGCUAUGAAAAUUCAGUAGCAUCAAACAAUUUACACUGGAAAUCCUUGGCGAUAAUGAUUGUUCUGUUAGAUUAGAUGGCUCCAUUAAGAUUAAAGAAAACAAUGUCUUUACGUGGUCCCUAGCUGUAUUUAAACAGACUGUAGCUUGGACGCAAUAAACAAUGAAGUCUACCAUCAUUUAAAUGAUUUCAAGAAAGUGCAUCCGACAGAUAUUGUAGUGCUACCCGGGAGUUCAAGCUCACAAGACAUAAAGGGUGGUCAUUUUUCCCGGUUCAAAUAACAAUGACCGUCUCCUACAGCUUUAUGCAGACCAAAACUUGUUUCUGACCCGUUCCCCUCCCCUUAUUUAUUUAUCAAUGUUAUUUCUUUAUUUUGUUGGUGUUUAGCUUUUUGAUCCUUAGUUGUACCAAAACUUUGGUUUACUAAAUGAAAUAAAAUCAAAAGCUAGUACUUCGCGAGUUUUAAAAUUUGGGUUUCAUAUACACUCGAAGUUUUGAAAAUACUUGAGGAUCAGCAUUCGGAAAUUUUUGUAAGCAGAAUAGUGUGCGUGAAGCAUACCUUGCUUCAUCGAAUGACCUAUGUAGUGGGGUUUUAUUUCAUGUUUCAGCACUACUCACUAAACACGGCGUGAUGCCUGAAAGAUGAUUCUAAUCUAAUAUAUAUAUAUAUAUAUGCUUUUUCUGUCUUCAAUAGUUGCAUUUCAUAGUUAUUGACCAGCAUAGACUGAAUUGUUGAUGAAUACAUUUAUUUUGGUGAAAAUUUUGAUAUUAGUUUAACUACAUGUGACGUCAAAAGUAAUAACAAUGAAGAUUUUAAUUUCAUUGCUCCAAAGUUUUGACAACUAUUUGUUGCAAUGUAAACACUCCUGUUUAUAUGAAUAUCCAUCAUUAUCUAAGCAAUUAAUCUUAAAGAGGUUGGGCGCUGAGUGUGUACAAGUGGUUAUUAAUCCACAGGGUAAUUAAUUACCCUAAAGAAGUCCAGAAUCGAUUAUUGAACGAAACGUUGGAAUAAUAUAAUUUUUAGUCAACCAAAAAAUAUGUCUACACUUAUUUUUGUAAUACUGAAUAAAUUGGUUAUGUUUCUACUUCAUUGUACCAUUAACAACGGAGACCGAAACCUAUAAUGGUCAACAAGUGCAACCUUUUGUUAAGGCGGGUGUAAAAUGAGUAGUAGCUAUUGCCUAGUAAAUUUUAUCCCAUUUUACUUUAGCAUUCAAUGACCAGGCGUGUGCCUUGUGUGGAAAGGUUGUUUCUACUAAACACGGUAUGGCUAGGCAUUUAAAAAUCGUUCAUGAAGGUCUCGAAGAAUGUAAAUGUGACUCAUGUGGACGAAAGUUUACCACAAAAUUUGCCCUCCAUCGGCAUAUUCGAAAAGUUCAUGAAGGUAUAUCAGAACUUGUUCUUCCUUGCGCUUGUUGUGGGAAGAAAUUCUCUGCUAAACAUGGUCUAGAGCGUCAUAUGAGAUUGAUACACGAAAGUGCGGAAUUGUGCAUUUGCCCUUUGUGUAACAGGAGUUUUUCAACCAAGUUUGCCUUUAAUCGUCACACAAAAACUGUGCACUCAGGUAAUUUAAUCCCUAUUGCCCUCUCAAAGUGUUGUCUAAUUUUCUGAGAUCAUUAAUAUUUGUACAACUUUGCAUCUUUCUACAUAUUUUUGUAAACAAGAUCUAAGAUUAUUUCAGUUAUCAAUAUAAGCGCAAUCAACAGUGCAUAGACCUAACCACAAAUCUUAUCUUUCUAAAACUGUAUAGAUUCAAUCAGCUUAUGUUCCCCGUGUAAUAUGCUAUUUCCAUCGAAGUUCGCUCUUCUUGAACACAACCUUACGGUCCAUAAUAGUGAGUUCCCUACUUUUUAAAUUUCUCUAUGAUUAGUUGUGAAACAGUACUAAUUGAACAUUUGGCUUUUCAGCUUCAAAGGUGUUUGCUUGCCAUGAAUGUUUGAAGUGUUUUCCUGAUACAGAGUCACGAAGAAGCCACGAACAAAAUGAUCACGGUGUUGGGACUUCGAACAUGUAUUCGCCAACGACACAGUCAUCUUAAAGUAAAAAUUACUUCGUACGCUCUGUUAUGCUUCCAACAAGCUACUUGAAUAAUGUAUAGAGUGAUUUUGUAAAUUGUAUUGUUUACAAACGAAUUUCUAUGCAUUUUGGGUGUAUCAGGCACUGUGACCAUGUACAUAUAAAUAAUAUUGUUUUUUUCUUUUUUGUUCACACUAAAUUUUGUCUAUAAAUAUCGCAGCGUAUUACAUUAUAUUUCAUGAGCUUAUACACAAGUUUAAAAAUCAUGAAUAUAUCAGAAUUGCUCUCAAGC